UCGGGGUGAGCGCGGCCGCCGCCAGCCGGCCGUUGCUGGGCAUGCUCUCUGAGUGCCCCGCACCAACAUGGCGGUCGGCUUCGCUGGGGUGACUUUAUUUCUCGGUUUUCGGUUAUAGCCGGCCGCUGCUUAUUUGUCUCCGGGAAGCACUGAGCGCGUGGUGCAGCGGAGAAAGGCUGGGUGCGUGCGGGGGUGAAAGGUGAGAGGGGACUGCAGGCACCUGGGCCGGCUUCUGGCGGGAGGAAGAUGGCUGAAGGCGAGCGGCACUCGCCGCCAGAUUCUUCAGAGGAUAGCCCUCCAGCCACUCAGAACUUCAUCAUUCCAAAAAAAGAGAUCCACACUGUUCCAGACAUGGGCAAAUGGAAGCGUUCUCAGGCGUAUGCUGACUACAUCGGAUUCAUCCUCACCCUCAACGAAGGUGUGAAGGGGAAGAAGCUGACCUUCGAGUACACAGUCUCCGAGGCCAUUGAGAAACUGGUCGCUCUUCUCAACACGCUGGACAGGUGGAUUGAUGAGACUCCUCCGGUGGACCAGCCCUCUCGAUUUGGGAACAAGGCCUACAGGACCUGGUAUGCCAAACUUGAUGAGGAAGCAGAAAACUUGGUGGCCACAGUGGUCCCCACCCAUUUGGCAGCUGCUGUUCCCGAGGUGGCUGUUUACCUAAAGGAGGCAGUAGGGAACUCUACGCGCAUCGACUACGGCACAGGACAUGAAGCCGCCUUUGCUGCUUUCCUCUGCUGUCUCUGCAAGAUUGGGGUGCUGCGGGUAGACGACCAAAUAGCCAUUGUCUUCAAGGUGUUCAAUCGGUAUCUUGAGGUUAUGCGGAAACUCCAGAAGACGUACAGGAUGGAGCCAGCCGGCAGCCAGGGCGUGUGGGGCCUGGAUGACUUCCAGUUUCUGCCCUUCAUCUGGGGCAGUUCGCAGCUGAUAGACCACCCAUAUCUGGAGCCCAGGCACUUUGUUGAUGAGAAGGCCGUGAAUGAGAACCACAAGGACUACAUGUUCCUGGAGUGUAUCCUGUUUAUCACCGAGAUGAAGACAGGCCCCUUUGCAGAGCACUCCAACCAGCUGUGGAACAUCAGUGCUGUCCCCUCCUGGUCCAAAGUGAACCAGGGUCUCAUCCGCAUGUAUAAGGCUGAGUGCCUGGAGAAGUUCCCGGUGAUCCAGCACUUCAAGUUUGGGAGCCUGCUGCCCAUCCAUCCUGUCACGUCGUGCUAGGAGGGGCUGAGCAGCCCGAGCCGUCCAGGCUGCUCCUGUGCCUGCCUCCCCCACCGCAGCUGCGGCCCCCUCCCCACCCUUUCCCUCUGUUCUUUCUGUUUGAUGAGAGGCUGUUUACUGGGGUGAGUGGCGAGUGUGAGGUGGAGGGAGGCUCAUAGCAUAAGGCUGAAGGGCCCAAGUUGGAAGAAGCGACCAAAGUGUGGCCAGUUCCCUGACUUCCCCUGUGGUGGACCAGCGAGAGGAGAGGGCCCAGCUCCCACCCUGGCCUCCCUCUCCUCCUCCCUGUUCAGUCCUAUUCGAGACCCAGGCUGUCCUGGGCCCCAGCGGGGAGGGGAGGUACCGUGCCGCUGCCCUUGCUUUUCCUCCCAGGUUGCCUUCCUAGGGGUUGGAGCGGAUGCUCCCCACGGGGUGGGUCAACGUCCUAAGCCAUGUUUGGGUGGGUGAGUGGGUGUCCCGAGGGCUGGAGGCUGAGGCUGGUGCCAGACUGGGGUGGGGUUGGGAAGGGAAAAGCGUUGGCUGUUCUGGCCAGUGACCCUCCCAGCUCCUCCUCGUGGCUGCCCCCUGGGCCUGUGGGCACCUGUGUCCAGUGCCUCCUCCUUGCUUUUCUGCUGUUUGGCCUUUGGCUCAAGGGUAGCCUCUAGAAGCUGCCCUUUGGGCAGGCACCAGGCUCCUGGGAGGGCCUGGCAGGGCUUGCUCGCCAGUGGAGUGGGUGAGGCCUGCCUUUCCAAAGCUUUCUCUGGCCGGGAGUGGGUGGCUGAAACUCUGGAGGGGUAAGGUUGUGGGCUACAGGCCAGUUGUGGUUGUGGAGAACCUGGAUUCCUUUCGGCAUUCUUAUGUCCAGCUGCUGCUGCUCCUGCCCCCGCCUCGUUGCUGCUUGCUUCCCCAAGGCCCUUAGCCCUGUUUCCCUGCCCCUCUCUCUGGGCGGUGGGUGAGCAGGCCGCCCACUUUCUGGUCCUCCCCUCCCAGAAGUGGCCUGCUGGGGUUCCAGGAUGAGGUGGUGAUGCUUCCUCAAGGCCAGACUUUGGCUCUGAGGAUGGGCAGGGGCUGGGCCAGGCAGGCCUAAUUGGGGGGUUGAGGGUGCUGGCAGCAGCAUGCAAGUUCCAGAGUUUUCUUCUGGAGAGGGGCUGCUCCCAGGCCUGGCUCUCACAGUCUCUCCCCUGCUCAAGCCCAGGCUGGCCCAUCUCCACUGCCCCCUCCCCAUAUCUGGGUCCACACACCCUUUGGGAAGGGGAGCACCCGAGAAGCACAAUUCACGGGCUUGGCCUUCAGGUCUGGGCUGAUGGCCUGGGUAGAGGCUGGGACAGGAGCAGCAAGAGUCACAGAAAUGGUUUUCUUUGGAGAGGCCCAUUGCCUGCCUGCCUCCCUUGCGGGCCCAGACCACCGCCUUCCUGGCCCCUCCUUCCUGUGUCCCCUCGGGCCCCUCCAGCCCCUGGCUCCUUUAUUGCCCUUCAGAUUAAAGCCUCUGUUUUGCACCUGUCA